UGCAAUUGUGCCGUUAACCGGUUCAAAGCGUCACACGCACGGCACGACAGGAGACUCGGAGACUCGGAGACGACCCACGCACCAACAACGCAUCCUAUAGCUCGUUCAGAACGAACUCGUAUCGCGGGCUUCGUGUCGAGGUUCGGGUUCUGGUCGAGUUCGAGGUUCGAGGUUCGGCACUGCUUGCCCUUUACCAAUUGCAAUCUGCAAAUCGGGUGCGCUCAAAAGCUGUUGUUGUGCGUGGCAUUCGGCGGCACUCGUGUGCGGCACACGAACUGCAUUCCCAUCCAUCCAUCCAUCCGCAGCAGCAGCGGCAGGCAGCAGCAGGCAGCAGGCAGCAGCAGCGAACCGAAGACAGCUUCUGUGGGGCUCUGGAUGCUGUGCAGGUACCCCCAAUGUGUCACUCUGCAUUCUGACCACUAACUCGCCGGCCGUGUGCUUCCGUUCCGUUUGCGUUCCGUUCCGUUUGCGUAGCCACUACGUGAGUGCGAGACCCUUCGGUGUUCCUUCGCUGCGUUCUCCGCUCCGCGCGCUCUCCCGUUGCAGCUAUCGAACGUUAUCGAAGUGUAUCGCAAGUGAUUGAGGAGAUCGAUCCUGUGAGCGAUCGGUUCGUUUUGGAUUUGUGUGAUCGAUCGCCCGAAAUAUGCCAGGCCAAUCGUUUAUGUGGAUGGUUUUCUUUUUUUUGUUUUGAGUGUGCUCCAGCUUCAGAGCGGCUCUCUGAGCGGCGCCCAAAGGAAAGAUCGAAAGUUGAGUACAGUGAAGAGAGAGAUCUUGCAGAGAGAGAUAAAGAGUUCUGUGUCAAAGAUAGUUAUAAUCGAUCUAUCCAAUCGUUCCAACUGUUCAUCAUCACACCAGCAGCUGUCGAUCCCUCGAUACGUGCACUCCGGUGCACACACAGCGGAAGCCAGCGGCACUAUCCACGGUCUUCAAAAGGCAAUUUGCUUGAAUUCCAACCGACGGUGCGAUUAACAGAAGACAAAAUUGUGCGAUUAAAAAAAGUGCAGGCUCACGCUCAGGGGCAACUGGAGCAGUUUGAGCAGCAGCAGCCACAUCCACAUCCACAUCCAGAACAGCCGCAGCCGCAGCAGCACCACUUGCAACAGCAGCCGCAGCAGCAGUUACACCAACACUAUAAUCACAACAACCACUUUAAUAACACCAAUAGCAACAGCAACAACAAUCACUUUAACAGCCCCAACAGCAACACCAACAACAACUACAAAAUGCAUCUAACAACAACCACCACCAAUUCGACGGCAUCCAAUGCCAACAACAACAACAACAAUUCUACAACAAACAACAACAACAAUUCAACAACAAACAACAACAAUAACAGUUCAACAACGAACAACAACACGAGUAACACCAAUGGCACCAACAACACCAACACCAACAACAACAACACGGAGCAGAACACACCACCCACACCCGCCCAAUUAUUGAACGAGGCAUACACGAAAAUGACCUCGGACAUCCUGGCGGAACGGACCCUCGGUGACUUCCUCACCGAACACCCCGGCGAGCUGAUCCGCACGAGCAGUCCGCUGUUCGUCUGCACCGUCCUACCGCCGCACUGGCGGUCCAACAAGACACUGCCGGUGGCCUUCAAGGUAGUGUCGCUGGGCGAUAUCAUGGACGGCACCAUGGUCACGGUGCGGGCCGGCAACGAUGAGAACUACUGCGCCGAGCUGCGCAACUGCACGGCGGUGAUGAAGAACCAGGUGGCCAAGUUCAAUGAUCUCCGGUUUGUGGGCAGGAGUGGCAGAGGGAAAAGCUUCACGCUCACCAUCACCGUGUCAACGAAUCCACCGCAUAUAGCCACCUACAACAAGGCGAUCAAAGUGACUGUCGACGGGCCACGCGAGCCCCGCUCCAAGACAAUGCUAUCCCUUUUAGGACAACAACAGCAGUUCCACUUUGCCUUCGGCCAGCGACCAUUCCACUUCUCAACGGAUCCCCUAUCCGGAUUCCGUAUGCCGCCCAUUGGCAACUGUCAGAGUGCCAGCAACACGCACUGGGGCUAUGGAUCCGCAGCAUCUGCCUACUCCCCGUACUUGGCCAGCAGCGGGCUCUCCUCGUGCACCACCCCCACAUCGGCACAGUUCAACAAUCCGGCGCUGGGAUUCACCUGCUCCUCGAACGAUCAGAGCAACAAUCAGGACUUUGGCGGCGCCACCAAUCGCGACUGUGUGCCAAUGCUACCCGAUUCGACGGCCAGUGAUCUGGACCAGCAUCUGAGCAGCCUCGUGGGCUCCACCAGCGGCCAGAUGACGCACCACAGCCUCCUGGGCGCCACCGGGCAAACGUCCAUCUCCUCGACCGUGAACGGAGCGAGUGCCGGCAGUGCUGGCACCGGCGGCACUGGCGCUGGGGGAGCUGGCAGCGGCGGAGCCGGCGGCAACUCGAUCCUGGUGCCGCGCUACCACACCAAUGCCAGCAACGACUACAACGUCCACUCCAGCCAGAACGGGCCGCGCAGCCUGAGCGACAGCUCCCAGGCCGAGUCGCCGGUGCAGGAGGAUCUGCUCUCAACGAACACCCCCAACCUGGGCAGCGGCACCGGUGGCGGCGGCGGCGCAGCCAACGGCGGGGCGGCCAAUGGCGGUGCGGGAGCGGCAGGAGCGGGCGCCGGCAGUGCCUCCUCGGCGGGUGCCGCCGCUGCUGUGGGCGUGGGCAAUCCAGGCGCCAUGCUCGGCGCCAAUCAAAACUUCCCGGGCAUCGUGAACCAGGCGCAGCACGCCUCGGCAUCGGCCUACGGCGGCGGGGCUGGAGUGGGUGGCGGACACGGCAGCGCUGCGGCAGCAGCGGCCGGAUGCAAUGGAUCGCUGUACCCGGUCCUGCCCGCCAGCCUACUCUACUCGCAGCUGUACACGGCGGCCAAUCAGUCGGCCCACGGCUUCCACUCGCACACGCUGCCGGCCCACGCCUCGCCCAACUCCUCGGUGCAUGGGGAGCUCCAGAGCGUGAUGGAUCACAUCAGCAAUGUGGGGGUGCGCCAGCAGCACAACAUCAUGGCCGGCGGGGGGGUGACCCAUCCGGGCGACCUCACGCUGAUCGGCAACUGCGGGGCGUCGGUGAGGAAUAUCGAGGACGGUAACAGCAAUCGUCAGGUGGCCGCCUUAGCUGCCCAUCGCGGCCACCACAAUCCCACUGACAAUGGGGGCAGCGUGUGGAGGCCAUAUUGAGGUCAGGUUCUGUGGUGCGGCUCUGCGGUUCUAUAGUGCGAGGGGCGCGCAGCGGAGACGCAGCACGAGGAGCAGGGGUAUGGGUACGGAUACGGGUAUGGGUAUGGGUAUGGGGAAGGUCUUGGUCAUGGUCUGGGUCUGGGCGUGGGUAUGGGUAUGGGUAUGGGUCUCGGAAAUGGCUGCCUCGGUGGCUUCUGAUUGUACAUACGAGUACAUACGAGUGUGUCGAACACAGGAUGGAAUCUGUCUGUACAUAAUGUUUUUUUAACCCAAACA